GAAGAGAUUCCAGGAGUUUGCAUAUAUCAACUGAAAGAACAAAGAACAGAGCUACCUGAUUGUUGACAUGUUGGGAUUCAGUGAGUGGCUGUCCCUAGUUCUGUCCGUCACCCAGUUCAUUGUGGGCAUUCUUGGCAAUAGUUUCAUUGGCCUGGUCAAUGGCAGCAGCUGGUUCAAGAGCAGGAGAAUCUCUAUGUCUGACUUUCUCAUCACCAACCUGGCCGUUUCCAGGAUCGUUCUGCUGUGGAUUUUCUUCAUUGAUGGUCUUUUGAUAGUGUUUUCUUAUAGCACUCAUGACUCAGGGAUAAUGAUGCAAAUUGUUGAUAUUUUCUGGACAUUUAUAAACCAGUUUAGCAUCUGGCUUGCCACCUGUCUUCACGUCCUCUACUGCCUGAAAAUCGCCACUUUCCCCCAUACUGCAUUCCUCUGGCUCAAGUGGAGAGCGUCCAGGGUGGUGGGAUGGAUGCUCUUGGGCGCACUGCUCUUUGCCUGUGGCAGUACCAUGUCUCUGAUCAAUGAGUUUAAGAUAUAUUCUGUCCUCAAUGAAAUCGGUGACUCAGAGAAUAUGACUGAAGUUGCCCAAAAGAAGAAAGGGGAAUACGAAGUGAUGCAUGUUCUUAUGAGCCUUUGGUAUUCCCCUGCUUUGUUUUUAUCCCUGACCGCCUGCGCUUUGCUCAUUCUGUCCUUGGGGAGGCACACACGGCAGAUGCAGCAGAAUGGUGUCAUCCCUGGAGAUCAAAGCUCCGAGGCCCACAAGAAGGCCAUCAGACUCAUCUUCUCCUUCCUCUUCCUCUUUCUCCUCUACUUUCUUGCCUUUUUAAUUUUAUCGUCAAGUUAUUUCCUACCAGAAACUAAGAAAGUGAAGAUGGUGGGUGAAAUAAUUACAAUGUCAUCUCCUACUGUCCACUCAUUUAUUCUCAUCCUGUGGAACAACAAGCUGAAGCAGACCUUUAUGGAGAUGCUGCGGUGUGAGUCAUGUCAUCUGAAAUGUGGAUCUAAGGUGUGCUGCUUCCCUUAGAGGUCAGAGACUAGAUCCCAGGAGACCUCUGGCCUGGCUCAAGUCCGUUGGGAUCUUCCUGACAUUCCCAGGCAGCCACUUCUGUAGCAUCAGUAAGAGAGUCACUGCUUUUUCUCUCUGAUUGCUCUGGAAGGUUUAGAACAGUGUUUGGUAAUGGGAAGAUAUCAAGAAUGCUAUGUAGUCCUGUAGCUGUGUUUUAGCAACUCUUAAGGCAUUAGGAACACUGUUACUGUGUAGACAUGGAGGUGUAGUUUAGCAACUGUCAUCUUGGGACAAGGGAUUUGAGUACAUGUCAACUUAAGUUUGGGACUAGCGUAAAUGAGUGUCAUGGACUU